AUGGAUGAAGAGGAGUUUAAGGUUACAAAUUCUGAAAAUGUAAGGCCCUCAUACUGGUUAGAUCCUUGUGAAGACAUAUCUUGUGAUGAUUUCAUUCACGAAUUUGUGGAUGAUCUCGGCACUUCUUCGUCGAAUACCGCCGCCACCCAGUCACUUCCUGCCAUAGUUACUCACUCGGAAGAAGAUGACAACCUUGAUCCUUGCUUUUUUGGUGGAAUUGAUCAAAUUCUCGAUAGCAUAAAGAAUGGCGAUGGCUUGCCUCCACAUCCAUCUCCUACCAUUGUCCAUCCAGCUGCUGAACUGGCAGCCCCAGGUCAUGGAGAUGAUAACGGGCAUCAGAGAUGCUCAGCUGCUGCUGUAGCGAACACAUCCGAUGAUAAGCAUACUAAGGGCUUGAGCCUAAAGGAUGAAUCAAAUGGUAAUAAGAGAAGAAAAUCUUCUUGGAGCGAGGGGAACCGUGAUUGUCAUGAGGGCAAGAGGGUUAGCCUAAGCCAUCACAAGGACGAGAGGAGAGGGCUUGCUCGGAAGAGACCUAGAGACUGGAAUGAUACAGACUGCCGCAGUAGAGAUCAUCCUAGGAGAAGGGAACAGCGGAAAGACAUGGAGAGGAGAGAUGGUCGGGGGUAUUGGGAGAGGGACAAAGAAAAGAAUGAGAUGGUCUUCCGCUUAGGUUCAUGGGAAGCAGAACGAGCCAGGAUGCCAAUGGAGAAGAUUCGCCGGGCAAGUGGGAUGGCAGAGAAUAAGCCUGAAGAGCCCAACGGCAAAUGCAAACUCCCCAAGGAGCAGGCACGACAGUACCAGUUGGAUGUUCUCGAACAGGCGAAGCAGAAAAAUACGAUAGCAUUUCUUGAAACUGGUGCUGGAAAAACUCUUAUUGCUGUCCUCCUUAUAAAGAGUAUGUCCUGUGAAAUGCAGAGGAAGGACAAGAAACUUCUGGCAGUUUUUCUUGUUCCUAAAGUUCCACUUGUUUAUCAGCAAGCAGAAGUUAUUCGUGAUCAAACGGGUUAUGAAGUCGGUCACUACUGUGGCGAAAUGGGGCAAGACUUUUGGGAUGCAAGGAGGUGGCAACGCGAGUUUGCAACUAAACAGGUUUUGGUCAUGACAGCUCAAAUUCUUCUGAAUAUUUUGAGGCAUAGUAUUAUAAAAAUGGACUCAAUUGACCUGCUUAUUCUUGAUGAAUGUCAUCAUGCUGUAAAGAAGCACCCGUAUUCUUUAGUGAUGUCUGAGUUUUACCACACAACACCAAAAGAGAAGAGGCCAUGUGUUUUUGGAAUGACUGCUUCUCCUGUUAACUUGAAAGGCGUUUCUAGCCAACUGGAUUGUGCUAUGAAGAUCCGAAAUCUAGAAACUAAACUAGAUUCAGUGGUUUUCACUGUGAAGGACCGUGCAGAGCUGGAGAAGCAUGUCCCAAUGCCUUCGGAAAUAGUGGUGGAGUAUGACAAGGCCGCUACUUUGUGGUCUCUUCAUGAACAAAUAAAGCAAAUGGAACAAACUGUCGAAGAAGCAGCCCAGUCAAGUUCCCGAAAGAGUAAAUGGCAAUUCAUGGGAGCCAGAGAUGCUGGAGCCAAGGAUGAGCUGCGCCAAGUAUAUGGUGUAUCUGAAAGAACAGAAAGUGAUGGGGCUGCAAACUUAAUUCAAAAGUUGAGGGCUAUCAAUUAUGCACUUGGAGAACUAGGACAGUGGUGUGCCUAUAAGGUUGCACAAUCGUUUUUAGCAGCUUUACGGAAUGAUGAAAGGGCAAACUACCAGCUAGAUGUCAAGUUUCAAGAAUCAUACCUGAAAAAGGUUGUUUCCCUCUUGCAAUGCCAAUUGUCAGAGGGAGCUGUCAGUGGAACUGACUCAACUGUUGGUGAUAUGGACUCAGGUUAUUUGUCUGAUGAGAUAGAGGAGGGAGAGCUUACUGAUAGUCAUGUUGUUUCUGGUGGAGAGCACGUUGAUGUGAUUAUUGGAGCUGCUGUUGCUGAUGGGAAGGUGACCCCAAAGGUGCAGUCUUUGGUUAAGAUACUUCUCAAAUAUCAGCACACAGAUGACUUCCGGGCAAUAGUAUUUGUUGAACGUGUUGUGGCUGCUUUGGUUCUUCCGAAGGUUUUUGCAGAGCUUCCUUCCCUGAGCUUCAUCAGAUCAGCAAGUUUAAUCGGACACAACAAUAGUCAAGAAAUGCGGGCAUCCCAAAUGCAGGACACGAUAGCAAAAUUCCGGGACGGCCGUGUUACCUUGUUGGUUGCAACUAGUGUUGCUGAGGAAGGACUUGAUAUCCGUCAAUGCAAUGUUGUCAUCCGAUUUGACCUUGCGAAAACUGUUUUAGCUUAUAUUCAAUCCAGGGGCCGUGCUAGGAAGCCUGGAUCUGGUUACAUUUUGAUGGUAGAGAGAGGAAAUUUGUCACAUGAUGCGUUUUUAAGGAAUGCUCGAAACAGUGAAGAGACUUUGCGGAAAGAAGCAAUUGAGAGGACUGAUAUUAGUCAUCUAAUGGUUACAAGUAAGCCGGGGGAGCUAAUGCAAAAUGCAAUGUACAAAGUCGACUCAACUGGUGCUGUUGUGAGUUUAAAUUCUGCUGUUGGGCUCAUCCACUUCUACUGUUCACAGUUACCUAGCGACAGAUAUUCGAUACUUCGACCUGAGUUUAUUAUGCAGCGGCAUGAGAAGGCGGGAGCUCCUUCUGAGUAUUCAUGCAAGCUUCAACUCCCCUGCAAUGCACCAUUUGAGGAACUUGAGGGCCCUAUGUGCAGUUCAAUGCGUCUUGCACAACAGGCUGUCUGUUUAUCUGCGUGCAAGAAGCUUCAUGAAAUGGGAGCAUUUACUGAUAUGCUCUUGCCUGACAAGGGGAGUGGGGAAAAUAUUGAAAAAUCUGAUGAAAAGGAUGAAGGAGAUCCACUUCCCGGAACAGCUAGGCAUAGGGAAUUCUAUCCAGAAGGUGUUGCUAAAGUUCUCCAGGGUGAAUGGAUUUUAUCUGGGAGAGAAAAUUGUGACCACAGUAAAUUGUUCCGUGUAUAUAUGUAUGAGAUCAAAUGCAUAAACAUUGGUUACUCAAAGGACCCUUUUUUGACACAAGUUUCAGAAUUUGCAGUUUUGUUUGGCAAUGAACUGGAUGCAGAGGUGUUAUCGAUGUCGAUGGAUCUAUUUAUUGCUCGAACUAUGAUAGCGAAAGCAUCGCUUGUUUAUCGAGGCCCACUAGAAAUAACUGAAAUUCAGUUAGCUUUGCUUAAGAGUUUCCAUGUAAGACUGAUGAGUAUAGUACUGGAUGUGGAUGUGGAACCAUCCACUACUCCUUGGGAUCCUGCAAAGGCGUAUUUGUUUGUCCCAAUGGUGACGUGCAGCAGAACUACUUCGGAUACAAUAAAAGAUAUCGACUGGGGUGUAGUUGAGAGCAUAACGAAGACAGAUGCGUGGAUGAACCCUCUUCAGAGAGCUCGGCCAGAUGUAUAUCUUGGCACAAAUGAACGAGCACUAGGUGGAGAUCGGAGAGAAUAUGGAUUUGGCAAGUUGCGGCAUGGCAUGGCCUUUGGCUUGAAAUCACAUCCUACUUAUGGUAUUCGCGGAGCAGUUGCACAGUACAAUGUUGUGGAAGCCUCUGGCUUGGUACCUAGAGGGAAUACCAUAGAUAGUUUUUCUCCUCAAGAGGAUUCGUACGAGAACAAAUUAGUACUGGCUGAUUAUUCUUGUGUUAAUGCUGAUGCUUUAGUGGGGAAGAUUAUCACUGCAGCCCAUUCUGGAAAGAGGUUCUUUGUUGAUUCUGUACGAUUUGAAAUGACUGCUGAAAACUCAUUUCCAAGGAAAGAAGGCUACCUUGGUCCUCUGGAGUACAGCUCUUAUGCUGAUUACUAUAAGCAAAAAUAUGGAGUUGAAUUGAAAUUCAAACAACAACCUCUAAUAAGAGCACGUGGAGUUUCAUAUUGCAAAAAUCUUCUCUCUCCACGAUAUGAACAUUCAGAAGGACAUGAAAAUGAAACUGAUGAGAGCCUGGAUAAGACAUACUAUGUAUUCCUCCCCCCUGAGCUGUGCUUGGUGCAUCCCCUUCCCGGAUUUCUAGUUCGAGGUGCCCAAAGGUUGCCUUCGAUUAUGAGGAGGGUGGAGAGUAUGCUACUUGCUGUGGAACUCAAGCAUAUAAUUGAUUAUCCUGUUCCUUCCUCAAAGAUCUUAGAAGCUUUGACUGCUGCUUCCUGCCAGGAAACUUUCUGCUAUGAACGAGCAGAACUAUUGGGAGAUGCGUAUCUCAAAUGGGUUGUAAGUCGAUUUCUAUUUCUUAAGUAUCCCCAGAAACAUGAAGGUCAGCUUACUCGUAUGAGGCAGCAAAUGGUGAGCAACAUGGUGCUGUAUCAAUUUGCCUUAAGCAAGGGGCUUCAGUCAUACAUCCAGGCUGAUAGGUUUGCUCCAUCCAGAUGGGCUGCCCCAGGAGUGUUGCCUGUUUUUGACGAGGAUGUAAGGGAAGGGGAAACAUCGUUGUUCAGUGAAAAUCUGCCCACAGGAGAUGGGGGGUAUGAUGAUGAUGAAGGGAUUGAAGAUGGUGAGCUGGAGGAGGAGAGUGAUUCAAGUUCAUAUCGCGUCUUAUCUAGCAAGACAUUAGCAGAUGUUGUCGAAGCACUAAUUGGUGUGUACUACGUUGAAGAAGGGAAAAAUGCCGCUAACCACUUGAUGAAGUGGAUUGGGAUAGAGGUUGAUUUUGACCUCAAGGAGAAUGAGUAUCCUAUACGACCAAGUAGUGUUCCUGAGAAUAUCCUGAGGAGUAUUAAUUUUGAUAUGCUUGAAGCUUCUUUGAACUUCAAAUUUGUCGAGAAGAGCCUUUUGGUGGAGGCCAUAACUCAUGCCUCACGUCCAUCAUCUGGAGUGUCUUGUUACCAACGACUGGAGUUUGUAGGCGAUGCUGUGUUGGACCACCUCAUCACCCGGCACCUGUUCUUCACAUAUACAGAUCUGCCCCCUGGGCGCUUAACUGAUUUGCGAGCUGCAGCCGUGAACAAUGAGAAUUUUGCACGUGUUGCUGUGAAACACAACCUUCAUAUACACCUUCGACAUGGAUCAAGUGCGCUUGAGAAGCAGAUCAAGGAUUUUGUAAAAGAGGCUCGAAAGGAGAUGCUGAAGCCAGGGUUUAACUCCUUUGGUUUAGGUGACUGCAAAGCUCCAAAAGUACUUGGUGAUAUAAUUGAAUCAAUUGCGGGUGCAAUCUUCCUUGAUAGCAAACGUGAUACUGCAGUUGUAUGGAAGGUCUUUCGACCCCUUCUGGAGCCCAUGGUCACACCAGAAACCCUGCCAAUGCAUCCAGUGAGGGAACUGCAGGAGCGGUGCCAGCAGCAAGCUGAAGGGCUUGAGUACAAGGCGAGCAGAAGCGGGAAUGUGGCAACAGUGGAGGUAUAUGUUGAUGGUAUUCAGGUUGGAGCAGCUCAAAAUUCACAGAAGAAAAUGGCACAAAAAUUGGCUGCUCGAAAUGCUCUGGUGACUCUCAAGGAGAGGGAAGAGAAAGAGGGAGCUGAGAAUAGUAAGAAGGUGGAGAAUGAAACAGGUGAUGAUCAUCAUCAUGGAAAUGGAAUUCUAGGGAAGCGUAAAAGGAAUGGAAGUCAAACAUUUACUCGCCAAACCUUGAAUGACAUAUGUUUGCGAAGGAAUUGGCCGAUGCCAUUGUACAGGUGUGUCCAUGAAGGGGGACCUGCACAUGCAAAAAGGUUCACCUUUGCAGUCAGUGUGAAUACCUCAGACAGGGGCUGGACAGAUGAAUGUAUUGGGGAGCCUAUGCCAAGUGUCAAGAAAGCCAAGGAUUCCGCUGCUGUUCUUCUGUUGGAGCUUCUCAAUAAAACCUAUUCCUCCUAA